GAUCGAGAAUUGUGUCCCUCUUGUUCCUCCUUAUAUCGCACGGGAAAAGGUUUUCUUGGACGCGGUUUUGGACAGUGGACACGCUGGACGCGGAGCAGGAUCCACGCAGGAGGCACAAACCGGACACCGUGUUCUUCAUUUGCGGGUUUAACACUAUGGAACCAGCCUUCGGUGAAGUGAACCAGCUCGGCGGUGUUUUCGUGAACGGCAGGCCGCUCCCCAACGCCAUCCGGCUCCGGAUCGUGGAGCUGGCGCAGCUCGGGAUUCGACCCUGUGACAUUAGCCGGCAGCUGCGCGUCUCUCACGGCUGCGUCAGUAAGAUCCUAGCCCGCUACAACGAGACCGGUUCCAUCCUCCCGGGCGCCAUCGGAGGCAGCAAGCCGAGGGUCACCACGCCCACCGUGGUCAAGCACAUACGGACAUACAAGCAGAGAGACCCGGGGAUUUUUGCCUGGGAGAUCCGGGACAGACUACUCGCCGACGGGGUAUGCGAUAAGUUCAACCUCCCCUCCGUGAGCUCCAUCAGUCGGAUCCUGCGCAACAAGAUCGGGAAUCUGUCCCAGCAGGGUCAGUACGAGUCGGGGAAGCAGGCGCCUCAUCCGCCGCCACAGCCAACGUUACCCUACAACCACUUAUACUCGUACCCGACAUCCAAAGUGCCCACUCCCCCUGGCAUGCCCACGCUUCCCGGACACAUGGCCAUGCACAGGAUAUGGCCUUCCUCGCACUCUGUGACUGAUAUUCUGGGGAUUCGGUCUAUUACAGAGCAACAAAUUAGUGACAGCGCAUCCUUUCACAGCGCCAAACUAGAAGAGUGGAGCGCAAUAAACAGGACUCCUUUCCCCGCAGCGAGUUCUCCACUAGUCAGUGGCGUGGAUAAAGCGCAUUUAGAACCUGACGCAAAAUACUCACAGACGCCGAGUGGCUUGCCCACAGUGAACAGCUAUGUCACAGCGCCCAGCAUGCCUCCCUACCACCCUCCCACCCGAGUGUCACCCUACACGGGGUACAGCGCCACCACGUCGGCCUAUGCGACCGGAGCCACAUGGCAGCCGGCCAGUGGCAGUGCUCCAUCGCCCCACAGCUGUGACAUCGCCGCCCCACUGGCCUUCAAGAGCAUGACAGCCGGGCACGACGCCGUCCACCAGGUCACAGUGCAGUGACGUCAGCCAGCAAAGACUGACGGGACGGAGAACGGAGGUGAAGGGUGGCGCGUGGCCGACGAGAGAGAAGACGCCACUUGGGUUCCCACGUGGCUUCAUUUCAAAUCCCACUGCCUCAGUUCUCACAGGGGACUCAAUCCCAGGAUUGUGUCGUCAGGCCAAAGACACAAGGAAUAAACUGUCUUUUUUCUUUCUUUUUUUUUUACUACAAACACGUGUGAAAGAACUUGCAGGACAGGUGUAUUGAAGGACUGAUGCAUGACUGCUUCUCCAUCCAUCAACACAAUUCCUCCCAGAUUCUUUACUGCAACACUUGUGCUGCAAAUGUCUUUGGGGCAAAGCGGGGUAAAGUAUAACUUCCAAGAAUGAGCAAUGACAGAAGUGGGGGAAAAGUAAACCUUUGCAUUUGUGUUUUCAGGGUACUUAUAAAUUGCUUUUUUUUUUCUUUUUUUUUAUGUGUGUGUGCGUUUGUUUUAUGCUCUUUUUAUGUUUUGAUAAAAAAAUAACUCGUCCUAUGGUGCAUUGUUUUCCCCACCUCUGUAAAAGAAAAUGUAGCCUAUAUGCAGGAGCCCCGUGCAGGGAGAACUUUUAUUUAUUAGAUUAAAAAAGGUACGUUGAAUGAAGUGCAAUUAGCCUCGCAGACAGCGCGGCAACUUCCGCGCGCGUUUAGACUAAAUUGGCUUUGGUCGGACGUUUGGAGUCGCGAAGCAUUAACGGUUGACAAAUGUUGCACAAUGAAAUUGAAUGUAUCUUAUUAAAUUGUUUGGCUGUAAAAGUG